AGGCGCGCACAGAUCCCCCCCACCCCCAGCCCCGAGGAUGCUCGCAUUUGAAUCAGCACAGUUCGAUGGGUCCCACUAUGGCUACACGUACCCCGAAGGCAGCUUGUAUGACCUGGAUUCCUGCAAACAGACCCCCAGCUUCCCCCACUACCUGAUCGACGCCGAGGGCCCCACAGAUCCUGUUGUGAACUGGCUGGAGCUCCAGGAUCUUGGCUACGAGGCCUUCGAUUCGGGGCAGCUGGCCCCACUGCAGAACGUCCAGGUCUCCUACACACAUGGCCUCUACCCGCAGCUCUCGCUGGAGGCCGUCUACAGCCUGGAGGGGGCACCACCGGGGCAGAGCCACCUCCCAGCGGACAAUUACGGCGCCCAGCCCUGUGCCCCCUACGGGGCCUGCCCCCCGUCCGGUGCCCUGGCCAGCCCCCCGGUCUCCGAGGAUGAGGAGUUCCCCCUGGAGAGCCCGGCCCUGGAGGUGUCCGACAGCGACUCAGACGAGAACCUCUCGGCAGAGGGGUCACCUGGCUACGAGGCGGGCUCCCGGCGGAAGCUGCGGCUCUACCAGUUCCUGCUGGACCUGCUGCGGCGCGGCGCCAUGCGGGAGUGCGUGUGGUGGGUGGAGCGCGAGGCCGGCGUCUUCCAGUUCUCCUCCAAGCACAAGGAGCUGCUGGCCCAUCGCUGGGGGCAGCAGAAGGGGAACCGCAAGGCCAUGACCUACCAGAAGAUGGCCCGGGCCCUGCGCAACUACGGCAAGACGGGCGAGAUCCGCAAGGUCAAGAAAAAGUUAACCUACCAGUUCGGCCAGGCCCUGCUGGGGCAGCCGGGCACCAACACCCCCUCGUAGGGCCCCGGGCGGCGGGACUGGACAGUGCACUGAGCUGCCCUGGGGGGGGCGCUGGGAACGGACCGCCCCCCCACCCCCAAAGCUGCCCCACAGAGCUCUCCCCAGGAGCCAGGACACCUGGGUUCCAUCUCCGGCUCCGGGAGGGGAGUGGGGGCUAGUGGUUAGAGCAGGGGGGGCUGGGAUCCAGGACACCUGGGUUCUCUCCCUGGCUCUGGGAGGGGAGUGGGGCCUAAUGGAUUAGCGUGGGGGCUGGGAGGCAGGACUCCUGGGUUCUCUCCCUGUCUCUGGCCAGAGCUCAUUUUAAAUUCUCUCUGCGGGGAUUCGGCCCCUGGGGGGGUGAAUACAGAGAGUCGGGUGUAUAUUUAAUAUUCCGCACGGGCACCUCAGAGUUUGUAUAAAAUCAGGUCUUUUUUUUUAUUUUAAGCAAUCGAGUCUGUAUAAUUUUGUAAAUUCCUAAUAAAAUCUUGUGAAAAAUAGA